AUGGCCAACAGACAGGGGAAAAUGCAAAACCUGAUCAACUACCGAAUGCGAGUAACGCUGAAUGAUGGCAGACAGAUGACCGGACAGAUGAUGGCAUUUGACAAGCACAUGAACCUCGUUCUUGCCGACACCGAAGAGUUCCGCAAAGUCAAGCGCAAGCAAAACAAAUCCUCUGCACCAGCUGCACCCGGCUCAGCUGCUGCAGCCACAGUCGAGACAGAAGAGAAGCGAACAUUAGGCUUGGUCAUCAUACGAGGAACGAAUAUUGUGUCCAGUAGUGUUGAGGGACCACCACCAUCAGAUCCCGCAUCUCGUCUCGGUCAAUCCGCACCAGGAGGCGCAACAGCAGCUUUACAGGCAGGGACAGGUAUCUCGAGACCAGCAGGGCGUGGACUGCCAGUCGGUCUGGGAGGUCCAGCAGCAGGUGUGGGCGGACCACCCCCACCAGGAGGAUUUGGGUUCCCACCUGGAGGCGGAUUUCCUGUAGGGGCACCACCGCCAGGAUUUCCAGGAAGAGGUGCUGGCGGACCUCCAGCGGGAGGACCUCCGCCUGGCUUUGGUGGCCCGCCUCCCGGUUUUGGAGGACCACCUGCUGGGUUUCAACCACCCCCUGGUUUCCAAGGUGGCCCGCCGGGUCAAGGAAGAGGAUAUGGACCACCAGGAUUUGGUCGGUGA